AUGAUGGAUGCAAAAAUUGAGUUUGGAUGCAUCUCCGUUCUUCUGUUGAAUUUGCUGGUCGGCGGAUUCUUAUUCAUCUCUGGAUUUCUUCCUUAUUCGCCGUCGGCUCAACCUCCAUUGCCUGCUGAUCUUGACAAUAUCACGAUUCCGUCUGAUGCUGCGAUCGGGAGGGUUGUGUUGAUGGUGAUCGAUGCCCUGCGUUGGGAUUUCAUAUACCCUUGGGAUCAAUCCGACAUGCGACGUACCAAAAAUUUCGUAGAUGAUAUGGGAUUCUUAUGGAGAGCUCGGGCAAGUUCACCGACUGUAACACUGCCGAGAAUCAAAGCUAUUGUGAGCGGAACAAUCCCCGGUUUUGUGGACGUGCUAGUCAACCUGAACAGCGGGAUGAUGGACAAAGACUCCUUUGUAUUGCGUGCGAGGGCUGCCGGAAAGGUACUCACAUUUUUCGGAGACGACACCUGGCUCAAGUUGUUUCCGGACACGUUUGCGAGAAGUGACGGAACAUCUUCCUUCUACGUAACCGACUACACGGAGGUGGACGACAACGUGACGAGGCAUUUGGAUGACGAGCUUAUGAGAAACGAUUGGGAUUUAAUGAUACUGCAUUACUUGGGACUAGAUCAUAUCGGACACACUUUCGGCCCUUCGUCACCGCUGGUGCGAACGAAGUUGAAGGAAAUGGAUCACGUUGUAGAAAAGAUUGUGACUUCUUUGACGGAGGGUCACGAGGGUUUGUCGAUCCAGGCCCCUCCAUUGUUCAUUUUGUGCGGUGAUCACGGCAUGAGUGACGGUGGAAGUCAUGGGGGAUCCUCCAAAAACGAAGUUAUGACGCCACUCCUCUUCAUCAGUCCCCUAUUCAGAGGUGUCAACAUCAAAGACCGUGGUGACCAGUUCCAAGAACCCAUCGUGUCCGCAUCUCGGGGUCCUUACCUGUAUUACUUCUGCGGGGUUGUUCAAAACUCAGUGAGCCAGGCUUCUAUUCUCUUCUAUCUCGAAAACCUUUGCAAUAUUCCGAGUAGGAUCGUCGACGUUGAGCAAGUGGACAUAUCCCCAACAAUGACAGCCGUGUUGGGGUUAAGCUACCCAUCUUCGAGUGUGGGAAGAGUGGUGACGGAAGUUGGAGAGUCGUUGAGCCCUGUCUUGAGGUACAAGAUUUUGGCGGAGAAUUAUGAGCACUUGUCUAAGCUGGUUGAGGAACAGUUGGGGUCUGUCCCAGAUGAAUGUGUCGCAGACAUGAGCGGCGCGGUGGAGGAUAUUGAAAUGGCGACGAAAUGUUUGCAAAGGCAAUUGCUGUCGGUUGCGGCGGAUUAUGAUUUGUACAAGAUGUUUUUGGGCUGGUGCUUGAUAGCCAUGAUCGGGUUUCUCAAACAGAGUUGUUCGGUGGCGAUCGUCAAAGUUUUGAGUCUGGAAAUCCCUGCUUUGAGCGAAACAUCGUGGGGCUUAUGGUGCUCGGACCCGAAACGAAAUACGUAUUUUGCCUGGAAAGCGCUUUUCGGAAUCACGGGUUGGUCGUUCGUUUCGUUCUUCCUCUGUCGCUGGAUUCCUUCGUUCACGUCGAGCUCCUUGUGUCCGCCGCACGAAUCAGGAUUGUCUGCUUUUCUGUCCAUUUUCACGUGGACUCUUAUUGGCUCUACCCUGGUGGAAAUAUUGGUUCGACUGUGGUACUUGGAGAUGGAAAAAUUCAAGUUAAAGAUGCAUUAUGUGGUUUUCUUGGUUCCUGCCAUCCAAGCUUUAAGUUUCGGAUCUACGAGUUUCAUUGAAGAAGAGCACUUUUUGUGGUACCACCUGGCCACGACACAAGUGGUAGCGUUGGUUGUCGUUCGCCUUCGAGACAUACGACUUCAGCCGGAAAAACAAAUAGGAACUCUAAAAAAUUAUCGAACAACUCGAUCGUCUGCGCGCGACUGUGUCUGUCGAGGAACUGCGUUGCUGGUGUUGCUACGGAUAUCCCGGGCCUGGAACCAGACCGGGGACAAGUGGAUGCACCUUAGAGACGUUAGCAAGUUUCUGAAUGAAGGUGAGCAGCGCGACGCGUUGUUCUUGGCGGUUGUGGCGGGUUUGUUGGCCAUUGGAUCGUGCGUCCGCGUCUCUGGGGUUUCCGGCGUGGUCAAGUGCCUUGUGUGGACGUGUCUUCCUCUGGUUUUCGGGUUCCAUGCGGCGCAUUUGGGCCUGCCUUCAUCUAGUUGGUGGUCGAGCAGGGGAAUACUGGAGGCUAGGUUCACAUUCCUGCUCUUGUCGGUGGGUUGGAUAGCUGCUUUAGUUGAUCACUGGUCCCAAAGGGGGAAUGCGUCCCGAUCAAACGCCACUCUGUGGAGGAAAAGUAGGUUGUAUCUGUUGGUGUUCGCCGCUCUGACGGGAAAGGCGCACAACAUCCCGUUGCUGGCCAUUACGUGUUUCAUCCAAGAUCUAUUUUUCGGCUUGGUUCUGAAAGUGAUCACUGUGGACUCCAGUUUCCCGAAAUUCAUCUGCUACUGGAUUUCCGCUUUUGUUAUGGCUUUUGCUGCUUUCUUUGCGCAGGGGAAUUCGAAUAGUUUGGCGACUGUUCAUCUCGCUUCCGGUUACGCUGGGCUGCGUUCGCAUGUGAUCUACAUCACUGGGCCAAUGUUGGUGCUGAGCACAUACUCGCAUUUCAUCCUGUGGAUUUUGAGGGCGGGCGAGGUGCUGCGGUAUUCCUUUACUCCUGCGAAUCCAUCGCAGUCAUCGGAGUUGCAAGUGACGAGGAGGAUAGUCAAAGGUUCGUUCAGUCUAGCUGUUCUGUGGAUGCGCGGACUGCCGUUUUGCGCCUUCCUUGCUUUGAUGUAUGUUCAACGCGAGCAUUUGUUUGUUUGGACCGUGUUCGCCCCGAAGUUGCUGUACGAAGGUAUGGCGAUGAAGUCGUCGUCAUCGCCGGUCUGCAACGAAAGUAAUCCAGGCGAAGUUGCGUCGAGUGGCUCGACGUCGACUCAUCUUCCAAUGGACGACAUGGAGGACUCUACUGACGUUCCGUCGAAUGCCGAGUUUAUAUUCGGACCCAAGUCGGCGAGCAGUCGGACGUCGUCGUCAGCAGCUGGUGGCCGCCUGGAAGACACGGGAACGACGACCACUGCCCGUCCCCCCACUCCGGAAACGACCAAGUGGAAUUCAUGGGUGCGGACUUUUUCUCCACGACGAGCUUCCUGUUCGUGUAACACGUCGCCAUCCGUUCAGCCUGCAACCGAGCGGCAUCCCGAAGUUUCGGAGUGGGUUGAGACGUUCAAGAAAUUUUCUCAUCGCCGGCGUUCCGAAGCUUUGGAUGCGCUCAUUUCUGUGUGCAAUCACUCGCAAAUUUGUGCAUUGAGGGAAUCAAUAGAGCCGCACUUUCAGCGAGACUUCGUCUCACUUUUGCCGAAAGAGCUUGCAUUGCAUGUGUUAUCAUUUUUAUCGCCAACGGAUUUGCUCAAAGCUGCCCAGACCUCGCGCUACUGGCGGCUCCUCGCAGAAGACAACUUACUCUGGCGCGAGAAAUGCCGCCGCGUCGGGAUCGACGAUCCAAAAGAAAUUUUGUCCGGGCUUCCGUCCACGAACUCGCUGUCGGUGUCCGCGGCGUCCAUGACGCCACCGGCCGAGGAAGAAGAAGAUGACGACGAUGACGCCGUCGUUGUCGGAUCCGGAGUUGGAAGCGGGCUUCGAUCGGGGAUGACCGGCGGUGUUCAACCCCCUCGAUUUCUCAGUCCUCUGGCCGUCAUGGCUGAAGUGUGUCCGUGGAAAGCGGCAUAUUUGCGGCAAUUCCGGGUAGAGAAUAAUUGGCGGACGAGACCGUUGCAAACGGCGAAGGUCUUGAGAGGACACGACGAUCAUGUGAUCACGUGUUUGCAGUUUUCGGAUAAUCGCAUUAUUUCGGGGUCGGAUGACUCCACGCUCAAAGUAUGGUCCGUCGCUACCGGUCGGGGUACGUGCCUGAUGACGUUGGUUGGCCACACUGGGGGUGUAUGGUCGUGUCAAAUGGCUGGCUCGAUAGUCGUGAGUGGAAGCACGGAUCGCACCCUUCGUGUUUGGAACGCGGAGACUGGCGAGUGCAUCCAUACACUCUACGGCCACGCGUCCACCGUUCGCUGUAUGUGCCUGCAUGGAAACGAGGUUGUGAGCGGGUCCCGCGACGCGACGUUGCGCGUGUGGGACAUAGAAACGGGUCAGUGUCGGCAUUUGCUCGUGGGCCACGUGGCGGCCGUGAGAUGUGUACAGUACAACGGCACGCUUGUCGUGAGCGGCGCUUACGAUUGCACUAUCAAGAUCUGGGACGCGGCGACGGAGGCGUGUUUGCAUACGUUGCAGGGCCACUCAAACCGUGUCUACUCGCUUCAGUUUGAUGGCGUCUACAUUGUUUCCGGCAGUCUCGAUACCUCUAUUAAGGUUUGGGACGUGGAAACGGGUCAAUGUCGCCAUACGCUCAUAGGUCACCAGUCGCUUACGUCGGGCAUGCAGCUCAGGAACAACAUUCUCGUGUCCGGUAACGCGGAUUCUACCGUGAAAGUCUGGGAUAUUACUUCCGGCCAGUGCUUGCACACUUUAUCAGGGCCAAACAAGCACCAGUCAGCUGUGACGUGCCUGCAGUUCAACGGGAACUUCGUGAUUUCGUCGUCGGACGACGGGACGGUGAAGUUGUGGGACGCGCGAACGGGCGAGUUUGUGCGGAACUUGGUGAUGCUGGAGUCUGGCGGCUCAGGCGGCGUCGUGUGGCGCAUCAAAGCGUCCCGGACGAAGCUGGUGUGCGCUGUUGGCUCUCGCAAUGGCACCGAGGAAACCAAGCUGCUUGUGCUCGACUUCGACGACUACCCGGAUCCCAUGUUGCGGAUGUCCACGCUGCCGGCGGCGCCGCCACCACCACCAACACCGUCCUCCGUGGCGGUCGCCAUAAUGGACGCUGCCGAGGACAGUAGCUGAUUCAAGGACGGAGGUUAUCUUUUGUAUCUUUCCGUCUGUCGGUCGUUCGCAUUAAAAGAAAAUCACGCUGUGGGCUGAAUGUUUCGGCAGAAUACGAGGUGAUGUUUGAACAACGAGGAAUUCCUCCGCUGACUUAGAAAGUGACCAAAAGUAUGUAUCUUUUUUCUUCUGGCUUGGCGUGAAAUCGAAAUCCCAUUGAUGUUCAUGGAUUAGAAUAAUGAUUCAAUGCUUCACCUGCGGAAAACUCUUCGACGUGAAGUUCCCAGUGUUUGUUCCGUAAAAAAAAAUUCGGGGUAUUACUGAGGGUUCAAAAGUUUUGUCAGUACAAUACCUCGGUUCCUUGGGUACUGGAUUUUGAGAGCCAGAAUUCUCCAAACUUUCGUGAAAUAAAUAACGAGUUUUGAAGAUUUUUCAUCAAUUUCAGCACCGACUUGAGCAACUUUUACUCAUCAAUUGAUAUUCAAAGCAAUCUUCGCGUCAAGUACGACCAUUUAAUCUUGUUGAAAAUAAGCAGCUUCAACCUUUUAAAUUACAGGUGUAUUGAUUUAAAAAAAUUAAAAUGACCAUUAAUUUUUCAACAAUUUUUUCAUGAAAUUGUUAUUCUUCCCAAGACCAAAAUUCAACAUUUCUCGUGACUGAAUUGUUUUAUUUAGCAGGUAUAGUUCCCAGCUUCAUUCUGACCUGUAUGAGAUCAAUUGGAUUUGAGGUAGAUGAAUGACAAAAAAUUUUGUAACAUUGAAUUAAAGACAAAGCUAGUAGGACGUCUUAUCAAGUCGGACAAGACUAACAAAGCUUAGAAAUCAGCCCUCUUUUCUUUCAAUCGAUGUCGAGGUCGCUCAACUUAUGGACAAGUUUUUAAUUCCCCGAAAAUGCUUUCCAAGAAAUUGAAAAAGAAAGAAGUGCGAUGACUUUUUCGCGUGUUGACAAGCUCAAUGGAAUCAAGUAAUGCUAAUUUUAUUGCGGAAAAACUUCAGCACUUGAACGUAAUUCGGGAAUUUUUCUUCACCAGCAUCAUCAUUUUAUUGCUGUGGAAAAACUCAUUUAUCGUAUCUCGAUGAAAAAAUUCUCGCAGGAGGACCGGUUUUUCUCUUUCGGGGGAAAUAUUGAAAGUCUUGUUAUUCAAACGCCCCCUCUUGUUUUGCGUGAUUUUUCGGUCGUGCUUCGAAAGUUCGAACGAGUUUUUUUUUCCCAAUGUUGAUAGUGGCAUUUGUUUUUUUUGUGUUUUUUAAAGAAGCGAGCAAACGUGCCCUCUCCUAAUGAUUCUUGAAAAUAGCAUCCCACUAUUUCUUGGAUCUCCAAAAUUGUACGUAGAAAAAAAUUAUGAUCGGAUUCGGGAGUGUGUACGACGAGAUUUUUAUCGCGUUACACUGAAAAAGCUACGCCAGGUGGUUACGGAUCAGUUCUUUUUCGAUUCAAUUUACCGUUACUUGAAUAUUUUCUCGCUGUUCAAAUUGAAUGCUUGGCCAGGUGGUCCUCCGGCGAAACGAAUUAUUAUUGUAAUCAGAUUGCUCGGAACUGUGAACAAGUUGUAUUAAGAAAGUGGCGGUAAAUUGAAUUGAUGGAGAACCUCAAGGGAUGUCCUCGUCGGUUGCAUGACAAAAAACGAUUUCGAUGUGAUCAUAUUAAUCGUCCGUGAUCAGCCGAUUUUUUUUUCUCCUGGACCAAUUCUUUCGUUCUUUGACUUUGAAGUGGAAACUUUUUCGUGAACGCGAUUUUUCAGUGGACGACGCCUGACAUUUUUUCUGCUUUCACUCGUUCUUUCACUUGGUCCAGUUGUAUUCGAAUGGAGAGGCUUGCGUGAAGGUUAUUGUGAGUGUCGAGAGCGCGGAUUUCGCCGGACGAUUAUGGCACGAAACAAAAAUCUCAUCGACUGUGUGCCUAACAAUUACGCGCGAUUGCGUGCGACACUUUCUGCCCGUCAGAAAACUUCGGAUUGUCUGCUAUUCUGACGUACGGGUUUUUUAGUAUUAUCGUUUUAAAAAAUAUCGAAAAAUUAAGUACAUUAUCCUUUUUCAAUUUUUAUGAGUUCGGAAAAGUGUCCAAUUUUUUUUGAAAAAAAGGUGAGAAAAAUGAAUGAUAUUAAAAAGCCAAAAACGGUGUGUGGAUG